GAGUGAAGUCAAGUCAAGUACCAUUCUAAAUGGUAUAAUAAUGAGAUUAGACAAUAAUAAAUAGAGCUUAUACUUUUCUUUGCUUGUUUGUUUGUUAAAUUUUGAAGAAGCUUCUUCGUGAAUAGAACCACCGACGCAGACGUCAUCAUCAUCAUAAACAAUCCCUAUCUUAGUCUCAACUCUAAUUAAUAAAAUUAAAUCAGAUUAAUUCUCAAAAUGUUUAACUGUACGAAACCAAUCAUAAUACAUAAAUAAAUCUAUUAUGAAAAUGUCAAACUUCCACAACGGUUUAUUGAUUAAACUAUUCCAAUUACAGAAAGAGAGUAAAGGUGGACCUUUCUAGAGAGAGAGAGAAAGAGAGCUCGAAAUCUCAUCUCUCUGAGCUUGGGGGGCUUAACAAUGGAAGAUUUCAGAUCCAGAUCAUUAGGGCAUGGAAAAAUGCAGAUGGAGAGUUACUACGGGACUGGGGGAACGGGAACGGGCCCCACCUCGUCUGGGGUCAGUGGUAUGCAAGAUCUCAGGUGUUACAGUGCUUCGUACGCAGCCUCAGUCCACCCAACCCAAGCUCAAUCCCAAUCCCAAGUUGGGAUUGGGAACGAGGGAAAGUUCAAGAAGGGCAAGUCCACAAAUGGGUCAGUCUCCAAAAGUUGGAGUUUUAAUGAUCCAGAGUUGCAGAGGAAGAAAAGGGUCGCUAGCUAUAAAGUCUACACAGUGGAAGGGAAGGUCAAAGGGUCUUUGAGGAAGAGCUUCAGGUGGCUCAAGGAAAGGUGUAGCAGAGUGGUUUAUGGAUGGUAGUGAUUGAAUUCUCCCGGGAAAACCAAAAAUCGGUAGUUACUUUUUCAACUCCUCUUUUCUUGAUUUUUGGUUGUUUGAUUUGCUUAACGCCUCAAUAGUGUAUUGAAUUUGGUGUUCGUUUUAGAAUCUAAGAAGUGUUGGUGAUUUCGUUAAGGCUAUAUAUAUAUGUCUAUUAUUAUUGGUGAAUAAUUGUGUAUAUUCUGGCACUCUUUUAUGUCAAAUUGUAUGGCAGCUCUCUUUUCAUCA